AUGGAAGCCUCAUGUGCGCCACCACCACCACCACGUCCUCCUCCCAAUCCUCCACCGCAACCGGCCGCAGCAGCCGCAGCCGACCCGCAGGAAAAUGGAGCAGCCGCUGACCUUCUACAACAGAUCGAGGAGAUGCGCCAAGAAAUUGGACAACUGAAGGACAGAGCCCGCCAAAGAGGAAAAUCAAGACCCUUUCCGGGGAAAAUCCUCAAGAAGCAAAAACAACGCGAAAGAGCAAUUCCCGAACCCACGUGCAACUCAUGCUUGUCCACAGGUGGACUCCCCCCGCGGAAAAACUCUAUGCUUUUCUACGGGAGGGGUAUCGCUUAA